ACAAAAAAAAAGUGCCCGCCAAAAAUGGGGUGCUGCAGGAUAAACCGACUCUCUGGAAAUUCCCAACUCAAAACCAGAAUCCCAGAACAAAAACCUUCAUCUCCUUGUCUUCCCCUUCCUACACUCAAACCAAAGAUUCGAAAAUCGAAGCUUUGUACCGUAAACGUCAAGACUUUGAGUGCCUGCAAGCUUGGCAUAGCCAGAUAUCCGGACUUAGAAUACAAUGCUGAAGGUGGUGUAGGAACUGAGUCUGCUGCAGAGGUGACGGAGAGCGACUCGUUCGGAGAUGUCUUGGUGUCGUUUGACAUCGGAAGGCUCUGUAUCGCACCGUUAGCAACCGCAACAACAAAGUCCUUGCCGUUCCCAUUGCCGCCGUUUCAGUGGGAGCAUCAAUCCGGAAUCCGGCCAGGUUGAUCCGGUUGGGAGCAUCUACAAGGCUCCUCCGCUGCUGGGGAAGACGGCAUUGACAUCCGAGGAAUCAAAAGGAACAAUGACAAGCGGAAGAGGGGAGAGGUUGGACAAACAAGGAAAUGCAGACUGGUUGGUGUGGCAACCGUUGAUCCUAUUGAUGACUUUCUGAUCAAUCCUUCCUUGGCCUUCCCACGGA